UGACUGUACCAGUGCUCCCCCACCAUCAUCACGACUAUCCCAUACCUUCUUGGUGGCAGAGGUUAUAUAUUUGCAUGUGACAGUGUUUGUGGUCAUUUAUGGUCGUUAAAUAGUGCUGUAAGACAUAUAGAAUAGAAUAGAGUGCAAGAAAAAUCUGAGCGAAUUCAAAUCGCUGCUGUAUCAACUCGUCUCUGAAGAAAAUGUCGGAUCAUAAUUAUUCAGAGGAUUCGAAUAAUCCUUUUUUUUCGCUUGAGGAUGACGUCGACGAUGAAGAUUUCCUUCGUAGUGGACCCUCACCUCCCAAUAUGUCGAGCAGCAAUUCAUUCAUGAAUUUCAAUUACAACAUUGAGAGACAACAUCAACAAUUGAUUGAAAGAAGGAAAGCGAUUGAAGACAAAACGAUCAAGUCUUCUGAACGGUCGAUAUCACUACUCAGAGAUUCAGAGCAAAUCGGAGCCGCUACAGCAGAGGAACUCAUCAGACAAAGGGAGCAACUAGAGAGAACAGAGAAAAGACUGGACGAUAUAAAUAGUACUCUACGUUUCAGUCAGAAACACAUUCAGGGGAUAAAAUCAGUUUUUGGAAGUUUGAAAAAUUAUCUUAGUGGAAAAUCUCUAGACUCACCUGUACCUUCGACCAAUGCAACCGAGUUCAAAGCAGCUGAAAGCAGCAGACUGGCCCCCAUUGUUGAGCAAACAAGAUCGAAUUUAGCUGCUAAUCACCCAUCGCUCUAUCAUUGCGGACUGCUUGACGGUGGUCCAGAUGAACCAGUAACUGAUAAUGUUAGCAAAAUUCUUGAGAGAAAUCUAGAGGAGAUGGGGGGAUCUCUGGCUCGUCUUAAAGGUCUUGCGAUUGGCCUUACUGAAGAGAUUGAUUCUCAAAGUACAUUGAUUGAUAAUGUCGCUGAUAAGACAGAGAGGGCUGAUAUCAUGAUCGGCAAGCAAAAUAAAGAUAUGAGGCACUUGUUGAAAAAGUAGGUUUUUUCGAAUUAGAGAUGCCAUCCAUGCUGUAAUGAAUGAUGACGUAAAAUCAAUUGAAUUUACUUGAUAAUGAAUUUUACAGGAAAAUCUUUAAAGUAGGGAAGUGUGGGUGAAAAUGAAUACUCUAAUUAUUCUGCAGAAAUAUUCCUAAUCAGAAAUGGAUUAAUCAAUUUAGUCCUCUUUAUGCAAGUCCGAAGGAACAAUUUGGUACAAAAAAUAAAAAUCCCUGGUUGCAUUAAAAAUGUGAUGAAAUACUAUCUUAUGAAAAAGCAAAAAUUGGGCCCUGUUUACCUUCUUUAGAUGGUGCCCAGGAAUAGAAAUUUUUUGCUAACCCAAAUAGUAAAAAAAAUACAUUGUAUACAAUAUACCGAGAAUAUGUGAAAAAACUCGCUGCAGGACCCUGCUUCUGUUUAUUUCAAGUUUUUAAUCUCACUUUCAUAGAAAAUGAUGUGUUGAAAUCAGGCCAGAGGAUGUAAAUUACAGAUUUAGUAAUAAUUGUGCAUUGACAACUGAACACUUAACUCCAUAAUUUAAGUCUCUCGCACAAUUUUACCAUUGUUUUAUAUGAAAGUGAAAUUAAACAGUUUGAGGUAAAUGCAAAAAGGAACGAGAAAAAGUGUUCGGGAAGUUUAUUCUAAUGUUUUCGGUGUAUUCCGUGCAGUGCGUAUUCAUGUACUGUUUGAAAAAAAAUGAGAAAAAUUGUAAACAAAGAAAAAUGGUUUGUACAACAGGAUUAUAAGGCUUAAUCAUAAAAGUAUAUCCCGGACUGAAGAAAAACAGGUGGUUAAAAAGCAUGUCUUUACUUGUAUUAAGAAACACAUACCCAAAAAUUCCUAACAACGAUAUUUUCUACUGAGAGAAUAGUUCAUUAGAUUGCAAGGGCAGAAAUUUUGUUUUCAACGAAUGUGAAGUUCGCCUGCCUUGCCGAAGGCCAGGUCUGUACACACAUUCGUUAAAAACAAAAGUUAUUCUCAAGUUUAGUUUUCUCUGUUUUAUAUCAAGCCGUGUGAUAAACUCGACUUAUGAAACGCCGCGAGAUAAAAAACAAGGAGUUUCCUGCAACAUAUUAGAGGAUAGACGGAAAUAUACAGUCUAAAUGGAGAUGUUGUUAGCUACGUCCAUGGCUUUGGAAAUGAUACGCAAAAUUUCAGGGGAGUUGGGAGCACCGUUAAUUAAUAAUUUUUUUUUAUGAUCGAUGAUAAGCCUUAUGGAAAUCCACAAAAGCUUAGUGAAAAAACACAAAAAUGCGCGGAAGCGAAAUCGCGGAGCAAUGAAAUUUUGGGUAUUUAUAUAUUUAUAAAUACCCAAAACAGUAUAGUUUUUCCGGCUAGUUAAAUGAAUAACUUACGUUAAAUAUUGAAAAAUGAGUGCAAAUCGAUAAUUAACCACAAUUUCUGCGUGCUUAACCGAAAUCUAUGGCAACGUCUCAUGAAAUCUAGUGAAGCAGCAUGAGAACUCGUUGAAUUCAAAUAUGACUGAUACUCGAAAUCACAUUCUUCUGAGUUUUUGAGAUUUUUUCUCGAUUCAUAUUUGGAAAGAUAUGACCAAGUAGUUCCUCCUCACGGCGGUAUGAUUCUGGAGCACGCGUAUGGUUAAGUAGUGAAUAAUGUUUAUAGACUAUUUUUGGGGUCAAUAUCGGAAGAAUGAUGUGUGUCGCUGAUUUUAUUAUACACUGAUCAUGGAUAACUCACUUUUAGUCACUAAUUUUUUACUAUUAAUUUUUAAUGUUGAGGUAGUCAUAUGAGCAAAGCGAAAGUAAAUAAUAGCAUCUAACGAAUAGCGUGCCAUAGUCAGCUAAUGUUACCACCUUGUUGCACAGAAAUUUUCUACUGGGGGAUGUUGCCGCUGUUACCCAACUAAUAUAAAUAUCUUGAGAUAUUUUCAAUAUUCAUAUCUUCGACUGUUUCAAAAGAAUUUAUCUAUCACUAUUAAAAAAUCAUAGCAUAAUUAAUGAUUCUGGUAAGUCGGCUCACGAAAAAAUUAUACCAAAAAUCUAUGCACUUGUUCCGAAGAUGAUGAUAAUUUAUUGAUAUUAGAAUGAUCUCUCAAAGCACGUCUAGAUGAGUGAACUUACUCGCAGGUCUGCUGUUGUUUUUGUUGUGAAAUCCAAAAGAUUUUAAUGUAAAAACUACUUGACUUAGUUUGGAACCUCAUACAAAAUCUCUUGAAUAAAAUUCUUUAGUGGAAGAUAUCGUUUUCUAGGAACUAUUGGAGAUGAGCUUCUGCAUACAAAUAAAGACGUACUUUAAAAAAUAAUUUUUUUCCCGUGCAUAGUUUGAGUGAAUCAAUUAAUUUGAAUGUAUGGGA